CCUUAUUGCAAAAAUAUGAAAAUCGAAAUGAAAAUGAGUUCCUAUACUUCUUCUUCUUCUUCUUCCCUCCAAGUUUUGCCUUCACCUUCAUCUUCAACCUUAAGAUUAGCCAUCAAAUUCAAAGCCCUUUUGCAGACUCUCAUUCUCUCUUUAGCUAGAGCGAUCUCUCGAGCCAAAACAACGGCAUUUCAAUCAGCCAAUACAGCUUUAAAAAGGAACAAGAAAAAGCUUUUGUAUGGCUCCUUUAGACUUCACUACAAUUGGUGUUCUGUUUCUUCUAAUAAAUAUUCUCACGUGACUCCUGCGGUUCUCACUUGCGACCACGGUAUCGGCGGUGGCGGAGGCGGAGGCGAUCAACUUGGUGGGUAUUUGCAAUGGCUUGAGGAGAGAGAUGUUAAUAAAAAGAGUAAUCAUAAUAGUAAUGUUGAAGAUGAUCAUGAAGAUCAGAGUGUUAAUGAGAUUGAUAAAUUGGCUGAGAUUUUUAUUGCAAGAUGUCAUGAGAAAUUCAAGCUUGAAAAACAAGAAUCUUAUAGGAGAUUUCAAGACAUGAUGGCAAGAAGCUUUUGAGGGUUUUUUGUUUUUAUUUCCAUCUCUUUGAUUGUUAUCUGAAAAAAAAAAGGGAUCGAAUUGUAGAGGAUGAUAUGAAACUAAAAUCGUCAUAUAAUCUCUUUCAAUUUUUGUUUCAUUUUCUUUUAGUCUUGUAAAUUAGAAUAAACAUGACAAUUCGAAAUAACAUGUCAAUUAUAGUUAGAAUUAAAAAGAUAUUAGUUUUACAAUUUUUGCCAUG